AUGUGUCAGCAGGGCCAUCGACCGGAUGAUAAAACAUAUGUUUUGCUACUUCAUGGAUUAGGCAAAACACCAAGUAAGAUUAAAGAUACAAAACGAAUCUUUGCAAGUGUUGAAGAGAGUAAACGUGGACCAAUGUUAACUUCGGCGAUGAUUGCCGCAUUAAUCCGAGCCGAAUUAUUCGAUGAAGUGAAUGAUUUGUUAAAGAUUACACCCAAAGAACAUAUUUUGUUCUAUGCAAUCAAAGCUAAUCUCACCGACAAGUCUCACGAUAAAUUUACCUAUCCAACAACUAUAACCAAUGAACAAGUAGCGUUAUAUGACUUGUUAAUGAGUAAUAUCUAUACGUAUGCCGGUUUACACGAUCGGUUAACAAAAGUCGAUGAGAUUUUGUAUGAGAAUUCGACAUUGAAGGCAAUGUUGUCUUAUUCUUGGCUGGAAAACUCCAAUGGACGAAUCGAAUAUUUCAAAAGUGAAAAUUCCGAAUUGAAAAAUUGUGAACAUACAGAGAAACUCGCACUCACGAAUGCAUCGAAUCAGAAUUUAUCAUCGAUUUUGAUCGGAAAAAAUCAUCGCAUGUGUAACGAAUGCCAUGAAUAUUUUAAAAAAUUCUCGAUUAAAAGAAAAGUUUCUCUUCUUCAUCUUGAUACGACUUGUCUUUCAUUCAUUUUUGUUCUAGAUAUAUUCUAUGAAGAAUUAUUAAUUCGCACUCGUAAUAUGCAUAGUGUCAAUAAGAAUGCCAAUCAACCACGUAGUCCAACUGAAGCAACAGCUCAGGCUUUGCCAGCAUACAAAUGCGGCUGGCUUUAUAAACGUGGUGAACACAUCAAAACUUGGCGUCCGCGAUAUUUUGUUUUACUUCAUGAUGGUCUCUUAUACGGUUAUCGUAAGCCACCAACUGCGAAUGAUAAUCAACAAGAAGAACCAUUGAAUAAAUUCCAAGUGAUCGAUUGUACUGUCAUUCGACAAGAUAAAAUCAAGCAGAAUGCGUUUGUUAUACACUUUAAUCAAAUGAAAAUCGAGCGAUUGUUCGCUGCUAGUACCCAACAGGAUCGCGAAGAAUGGAUUACCGCGAUUGAGAUCAUCACUCGGCAAACAACGCCUCAUUUGCAGCAUCAGUUGCCGGUUAUGAAAAUGGCAGCUAAUGAUGAUGCAAUGAACACAGAAAGUGAAUAUCCAGCUAUGAAUGAGAUCUUCACACGACGGCCGCAAAUCAAUGAUUUUGAAUAUUUGAAAAUUCUUGGUCGAGGAACUUUUGGUAAAGUAGUUCUCUGUCGCGAACGAACUACGCAACGAAUAUUCGCCAUGAAAAUGCUUCGCAAAACUUUAGUUAUAACUAACAAUGAAGUUGUACAUACGAUGGGUGAGAAUAAAAUUCUUCGCCACAUUCGACAUCCAUUUAUAACGAAUCUGAUCUGUGCAUUUACAACAAGCGAUCGUCUUUGUCUUGUGAUGGAAUGUGUCAAUGGCGGUGAACUCUUCUUUCACUUGAACCGUGAAAAACGUUUUUCAGAAGAAUUAACGCGAUUCUAUAUCUCAGAAAUCUCCUGUGUUAUUGGUUAUUUACAUUCCCGAAGAGUUAUCUAUCGCGACAUAAAACUUGAAAAUAUUUUACUUGAUCGCUUUGGGCACAUCAAGCUGGUUGAUUUUGGUUUAUGUAAAAUUGAUGUGCCAUUUGGACAAACGACUGCUACGUUCUGUGGUACACCGCAAUAUAUUGCACCGGAGAUUCUUCGAAUGACUUCGUAUACGAAUGCCAUCGAUUGGUGGGGUAUAGGUGUUGUUAUGUACGAAUGUCUCGUCGGUCGUUUACCAUUUGCGGAUAGUAAAAGUCAAGAUGGCCUUUUUCAGAAGAUCCUUAAUCAUGAACCGAUGUAUCCGUCAAGUUUGUCACCGAAUGCACUCGAUUUGAUUAAACGAUUUCUCAAAAAAGAACCUACGGAACGAAUUGGAUCCGGUGUCGAAGAUGUGCGUGAAGUAGAACGCCAUCCAUUUUUUGGAAAUAUUCCAUUUCAUCUGUACGAAGAGAAGAAGAUCCCACCACCUUUUAAACCAGAACUUGAUUCUGAUACUGAUACACGUUAUUUUGACACCGAAUUUACAAACGAACCUGUCUGUGUUACACCUCCGGGAAGUACUGAUUCGAUCAAUGCUCUUGGAAUAUCGGAUGAUGCAUUUGAACGUUUCACUUAUGUUGGACAAGAUGGUCUAAGUCAUAUUGCUUCGCGCUCUGUGUUAUCUAUGGCGUCGUCGAAUGCUGCUCGUUCUCAAUCGAAUAUUUACCUGGAUGAUCCUGAUUACUAUCAAAGUCAUCAAAAUCUUCCCAGUUUACAAGCGUCGUAUUCAGUUUCAACUAUGAACAUGCCAUCGAUGGGUGCUGAAGCAUCCACAACUCUGAAGAGUGCUACAAGCAUGCAACAAAUGGCACAUGCAGGUAAUGAUUCUACUACUCAACAAAAGAUGCACAUGGAUCAAGAUCAAAAUCAACAACGAUCAGUUACAUCCAUACCAGAAAUUUAUGAACAACAGUUAAUGAACGAACGUUUAAUGUGUAUUCAACAAAUGAUGAGCAGUGGACAAAACUUUGCUUCGAUGUUCAAUGAUGAUCCAUAUUUUGCUCAGCAAAUCAUGGCGUAUGUUGCAGCUGCACAACAACAACAACCAGAAGUUAUCGAAAUUAUGGAUGAGUGA